CCUUGAGAGAGAGGAAAAAAAGGGAGAGAGGGAGGGAGACAGGCUGGCUGGCCAGCUGGCCAGCCAGCCAGGGCCGUAGGAACAGAUAUCUCUUCUCCCCCCUCAUUUCUUUUUUUAUUGCUUGUUCGAUUCGCAUUUGGGGGUUUACUGCGUAAGGUGGGAGGGUUUUAGGUUAAAGCGACGCCUGAGCAGCCCAGCGGGAGCCCAGAGACAGGCCUGGGCUACAGCCUCAAAAUUAGGAUGUCCCGGCAUGAAGGUGUCAGCUGUGAUGCAUGUUUAAAAGGAAAUUUUCGAGGUCGCAGAUACAAGUGUUUAAUUUGCUACGAUUAUGAUUUGUGUGCAACUUGUUAUGAAAGUGGUGCAACAACAACGAGGCAUACAACUGACCAUCCAAUGCAGUGCAUACUAACAAGAGUAGAUUUUGAUUUGUAUUAUGGUGGAGAAGCUUUCUCUGUAGAGCAGCCACAGUCCUUUACUUGUCCUUAUUGUGGAAAGAUGGGCUAUACGGAAACAUCUCUUCAAGAACAUGUUGCUUCUGAACACGCAGAAACAUCAACAGAGGUGAUCUGUCCAAUAUGUGCAGCAUUACCUGGAGGGGAUCCUAAUCAUGUCACAGAUGACUUUGCAGCUCAUCUUACACUGGAACACAGAGCUCCUAGAGAUUUAGAUGAAUCUAGUGGUGUUCGGCACGUACGUAGAAUGUUUCACCCAGGCCGGGGUUUGGGAGGCCCCCGUGCACGUAGAUCAAACAUGCACUUUACUAGCAGUUCCACUGGUGGGCUUUCAUCUUCUCAGAGUUCAUAUUCUCCAAGCAAUAGAGAAACUAUGGAUCCUAUAGCUGAGCUUUUAUCUCAGUUAUCAGGCGUGAGACGUUCUGCAGGGCAGCUCAAUUCUUCUGGCCCUUCUGCUUCUCAGUUACAGCAGCUGCAGAUGCAACUGCAGUUGGAGCGACAGCAUGCACAGGCAGCAAGACAACAGCUGGAGACUGCACGCAAUGCAACUAGACGCACUAACACGAGCAGCAUCCCCACCACUCUUGCACAGUCUAUAGCAGCAACCAAUACAUCUAAUACAGAAAACAAUCAUCAGACUAUACAGAACUCUCAGUUUCUUCUUACAAGGUUGAAUGAUCCCAAGAUGUCAGAAGCAGAGCGUCAGUCAAAGGAAAGUGAACGGGCAGACUGCAGCUUGUUUGUUCAAGAGCUUCUACUGUCGACUUUGAUGCAGGAAGAAAGUUCCUCCUCAGAUGAGGAUGAACGGGGAGAGAUUGCUGAUUUUGGUGCUAUGGGCUGUGUAGAUAUUAUGCCUCUCGAUGUUGCUUUAGAAAACCUAAAUUUAAAAGAGAAUAAUAAAGGAAAUGAGCCUCCUCUUUGAUGGCAUACCACUUUGCAGACGAUGUCCUCUGUGCUGUAUUUGCCAAUGAAAGUGGACAACAUCUAUCUUGGAUUUGUUUUGGUGAUUGUAAUUUCAGGUCUGUCACUCUUGUUACAUUGUGCACAUACAAAGGAAAAGAGAAAAGAUAUAUACGAUAAUCAUUUCCACUUAACCAAUUUUUACUUUUAGCAGGUAAAUAUAGGUUGCAGUGCAGAGAAAAAAGCUCUGUAUCCUGUAGCUUGACAUGCAAAAACCUCUCCUAAUACUCCACAUUCAAACUGAAGAUAAAAAAAUGAAAAAUCUCUAAUGAAGCUGCUGUGUGUAUUUAUGAAUAUUAAUGAAUAAAAAUUGCUUGAAUGGUUUAAUGUAACUGCUGCAUGAUUUUUACUUUUUUUUUCAGCGUGCAUGAGUUUUAGUGUUCUUGUCAUUUAAAAAAUGUAACUACAAGGAGUACAACUAUAAAACCCUAAAGCUUUCCCAUUAUUCAAAGGUAAUGUAAUAAAAAAAAAUAAAUUAACACUCACUAGCAGUUUGUGACCAUGAAGUAGCCUUUGAGAAACACAUGACCAAUGAUCUUUUUAUGUUCUAUCCCUGCAUAUUAAUGCAAGCUCUUCUUCAGUGGGCUGUAUUUUUGUGUGACAUUUUGCUAUAUUGUGACCACUGUGUUGCCCUGUUAGACAUCACAUCCAUGUGGAGUUGAAGUUUGUAUUCAUCUGCAGGAGACCAAAAACAAGCAAGGGCCACUACUGGAAUCUACCACAAAGGGCUUCUUUGUGCCCUAAAACCAAAUUUUGUUCACCUUUCUUUAAAGUUUUUUUUGUUGUUUUUUUUUUCCUGUGUGUGUUAAAUAUACUGUAUUUAGGUGUAAAUGAUUCAUAUAUUCACUGUUGGGGUGGGAGAGAGGAGUUAACCUGGAUGAUGUCUUACUUCUAACUUGAUGUUGUCUUCUAAGUCUUCACAGUCUUUAUCAUUUUGAGUCAGUUAUGUAUUUGCUUCAUAGUUUGUAGAGACUCCUUAGUAUCAGGAGAGCUUAGGAUUUGACUUCCCAGGUAUCUCCAUAUGUUACAAUCAAGUUCUUAAUGCUAACUUCCCAUCAACCUUUAUUUGUUGGGGUUUUGGGUUAUAGUUCUGACAAAAAAAUAAAGCCUCUUUAAUUGAA